AACAUGUUCAAACAAACGCAGUAUGCGUUUAAAUACGUGCAUUUAUUCUGUUUAUUUCGCAGUUUUCGUUUUAGACACCUUUGUUUAGCUGAGGUUAACAUAUUUUUACAUACUUAAGUAUUGGUAUUUGGAAUACAGAGGGAAACGGUUACACUCUACCCCAUAACCAUGGCGACUCGUUCAAGUAAACAAGAGCCCGAAGAUCCAGCCUGUGAUCCAAACAAACCGAUCUCAGUCCCUUUCGAAAAGGUUCUACAAGCCCAAGAUGCAAUAAAGGAUGCGAUUGAAGUCACACCAUGUAGACGUUCACAGAUGUCUGACCUGUUCAACAUGGAACUUUAUUUCAAGAAAGAGUACAUGCAAUAUACCGGAAGUUUUAAAGAAAGAGGAGCCAGAUUUUGUCUGUUGAACCUGUCACCGGAACAGAAAAGGAAAGGAGUGAUAGCAGCAAGUGCCGGGAAUCAUGCUUUGGCAUUGUCUUAUCACGGUAAACUUCUUGGAAUACCAGUGAACGUUGUUAUGCCAACGAUCGCCCCGCUGAUGAAAAUUACGGCGUGUAAGAAAUAUGGAGCGAAUAUUAAAAUUGAAGGACAUAACAUAGUCGAGUCAAGGACUGUUGCUCUAGAAAUGGCUAAAGAAAGGGGAUUAGCAUAUAUAAAUGGAUAUGACCAUGAAGAUAUAAUAGCUGGACAAGGCACAAUUGGACUUGAAAUAUUAGAGCAGGUACCAGAUCUUGAUGUUUGUAUUAUACCAAUAGGCGGAGGAGGCAUGGUAGCUGGCACCGCUUUGGCUAUUAAAACAAAGAAGCCUCACGUCAGAAUUAUUGGUGUUGAACCAGAACACUGUCCAAGUUUCCAGAAGGCCAUGGAUGCCGGAAAAGCUAUUUAUACCGAGACAACAUCCACGCUUGCAGACGGGCUUGCUGUUCCUACUGUUGGAGUGAACGCCUUUGAAACAGUCAUGGCAAAUAAACUGAUCGAUCGAAAAGACAUGGUCCAAGUUAAGGAAGAAUGUAUUGAGCUGGCGAUCUUAAGGUGCAUCGAGCUAGAGAAGGCGGUGGUCGAAGGUGGAGGCGCCACAGGAUUGGCAGCAAUUAUACAAGGGUUUAUUCCGGGACUGGAGGGCAAGAAGGUUGUGGUGAUUCUGAGUGGCGGGAAUAUCGACACCACGGUUCUUGAUCGCGUGAUUGAAAGAGCACUGGCUGAAGAUGACAGAUUGGUCAAAUUUAAAGUGUCCGUCAGUGACAGACCUGGCGGGAUUGCAGAGCUGACAAAGCUUGUUGGAGAUCUUGGUGUCAGUAUCAAGGACAUUUUCCAAGAAAGACCAUGGGAGAAGCAUGACGUAUUCUCUGUAAUGGUAAAAAUGGUAUGUGAAACACGAGACGCCGAUCACAGCAAAGAAUUGCACGAGGCUAUUAAGAAAAAAUACCCAAACAACCAUCUGAUUUGGGGCCAACCUAAUAAUUAACUGUUGUAUAGUUCGGAUAAAUCACUGUUCUGGAUUGUUAAGGAACACACCGAUAACAUGUUCGUACUAUUUUUAAAAAAAGCGUUCGAUGUAAUCUAAUGUUUGUAUGAUAAUAUUCAAUGUUUUGAAUUCAUUAUGUGAAAUUUGAUUUUUAUAAUCAACAUUUACUGGAUAAUAAGACAGCAUGUUUAAAGGUGAAAUUGUUAUAGUUUCUUUGGGAUUAUAAAACGUGUGCAGCGUUUCAAUGGAUUUAUAUGCUGACGAAUUGUAUAUCUCUUUCUGUGACAGUUGAUAAAAGUGAAACAUUGAACAAUAGUCUAUAUGCUUUAUAUUUAUCAGAAAAAGCUAUUGUUAAUGAUUAUGUGUUGACUCAUCUAAAAAUGGUGCGAAUUAUGUACUACAACUACACUACAACUUUAUUACUAUCCAAAGAGUGCAAAAAGAAAAAUCAAUGUAAACAUUGAAUAUCAUUUCAGAUAUCAAUUAAAAUACGCCGUUUAUUUAAUCAUGAUUAAAUUUGAAAAUAUUCAUAUUUAUGAAAUAAGUUUGAUUGUUUUUGAAAUGCGCAUAUUAUGAUUAUAUCUUUGAAAAUAAGUUUUUUUUUGUCUCUGAAUUAAAAACAAUUUUUAUCUGA